AUGGAUACACCCGCGACUCGAGACAAUCUGGUCCACAGCGCUCUCUCCUGCCUCGACGACCUGAUACGUACUUGCAAUGGGGCAAUCGGCACCUCAGACGACGUCACCACCGAUGAGAGUUGUGGCCACACUGAAGAAGCCGCCGAAGGAUCUCGCCUCGCACAGCUCCACCGUGAUCGGGAUGAAGUGAACCUGAUGGCCGCCAGGUACUGUGCCCAGCAGAAGGAACGUCGAGAUGUUCCAGCUCCGAAACGUAACCUCCAGUGUGGCACGAAGCUGGCAGCGAUCGAGCAAGGACCUCGGAUGACCAGGGCCGACUACGAAGUUCUAGCACGAGUCGAUUGCUUCGCAAGGUCCUUUGGUCUUCAGCAAGCUUCGAAUAUGAAAUCAACUCCGCUCCUCAACCCCCAAGCCGAGGCUUUCCUCGAGAAGUUCUUCAAGAAGUACGGAAAUCCGAGCCUGGGAGAUGUAUUCGUCUUAUGGCAAGUCCUGAAGGUCCACAAGGAUAUAAUUCUGCAGUUCUUCGAGAACAAGAGGAGACUCUAUGCACCGGUAACAGAAGCCAGGAAUAUGCUGCGCACGAAAGCGCUCCUGCAGGAUUUUGAAAUGAGAGGCACGCUGAACUGGUACCUGGAAAAGAACCGUCAGGAGGAUGAGGCGUAUCAGCCGGCUGCGGAUGACAUGGAUUGA